AUGACACAGGAUGAACAACAAUUCUUUAGCGAACUGAACAAGUAUCCAAUGUUCACUGAACAACAGCUCAAAGACACAUCUGGAGCGAGCAAUGCACAACAACAACCAAAUAUAUUAUCAAUGUUGUCAGCAUUUGGUUCAAUGGGAAGACCAAGCAGUGCAGCAUCAAACAGCAGCAGCAAUAGUAAUCAAUCACAACAACAACAACAGAAUGAUAUAACAGAGUUGGAUCAAGAGUUCUGGAACAAGCUGAGACAGUUCCUCAAUCAACAACUACCAGGUGAUAACAGAGCACAAAAGGUUUAUGACAACUUUAGAGCUGGUCAUCUUCAAUAUAUCAAAUCAGAAGGACUUGCUGAGCCAACUGGCAUUAGAAGUGUGCCAACACCUGCUGCUACUGAUACCGCGACCCAAGUCGGUCUCGAACUAGACUGA